AUGGUACAUAAAAAAGAAAAUUUAGUGGAAACUCCUAAAGCUAAUGUUACAUUAAAUAUUUCAUCGGAAAAUAUUCCUUUGGAAGUUAACAAUGGCAAAGAUCAGGUUCAAGGACAACAAGUACCUUUAAAAGCUGCGGAAAUAGCAAGCCAAGUGAAAACUUCAGAAGAAUACCAGGAGACUUGUCGAGUUUUGUGUAAAGAUCAACUUCAAACUUUCAAUUGUGCUAAUCGAUUGAGUGAUACUUCAAAGGGUGAGGUUAUAGUUUUAGAACCUCCAACAAAGCGACCGAAGACAGAACUGAAAUUCUAUGGGGAGUUUGAAGCUGAUAAAACUAUUAACAAACAAAGUUUGCUAAAUGAUGUUUCGUUGAAUUUUGAAGUUGCUGGCACUGGAGAAGUUGAAGUUGAUAGUCAACAAGUUUCAAAUGUCCAGAUUGUUGAUAAUAGUAAAGACAAUAUUGGUGAAGUUCACCAAAAUGCGGCUGUUAGUUUUGAUAAAAAAGUGUUUGCGUUGAAAAUAUUGAAAUUGGAUAAAAACACAAAAAUUCAGCCUGUUUACAGUUACGGUAAAGAAGCUGAUGAAGAUUCUUGUGAGAUAGUUUCCGGAAGCAAAGCUCAUGAUAAUUUUGCGGUAGGAAGCGCAAGAAUGCCAAUGAACUUACCGACGCCUCAACCAGAUGUCUCAGCAACCACUCGAUCGAUGGAAGACCCUUCAACUGUCUGCGUUCCUAAGUGUGAGACCUUUCCUGCAAGAUCCAAGUACCCUCACAGUCUAAAAUAG